AAAAAAAAAAAAACUCACGCGCUUUUAUUUCCUCUUUUCAUCGCCAAUCGCCGCAUCUCUGCCCUCAGCUUCAUAAGUCGCCCUUUUACUCUUCUCUUCCCCACCACCAUUUAAUAAAAAUAAUUAAAAAAAAAGACCAAAAAUUCAUAUCAAACCCUUUUUUUAUCUUUUAAAAUCAAGCAAUUAAAAAUCCUCACUGUCUUCUCCUAAUUCAGUAAAACCCUAGAUAUACUCACACCACUGCCCCCCUUAACCUGAGAAGAAAAACCCACCCUUUUUUUUCGACGGUGUCGUUUUUGUUUUAAGCUUUCUUUUUUGGCGCUCUUUACAAUGUCGGGUUCCGGUGGAGUUUCGAUCGCGAGAAGCCGAGGCGGCGAGAAUCGGUUUUAUAAUCCGCCGCCGAUGAGGAAACAACAGCAGCAGGUGAUGAAGAUGCAGCGGCGGGAACAAAGGCCGUUGAUUUCCAAGAGUCUGACGGAGAAGAGAACGGAUCACGAGGAAUGCGCCACAUCAUCGCCAUCUUCAUCGUCGGUGAAUAAUAGUAUUGAUAAUAAUAAUAAAAGAAAUGAUGAUAAUUCGACGAAUUUGGAUCGGUUCUUGGAGUUUACCACUCCUGUGGUUCCGGCUCAAUAUUUACCCAAGACAAGCAUAAGAGGAUGGAGACGCCGAGAGCGUGGACUGGAGUCUACUCCAUAUUUUGUGCUCGAGGAUUUGUGGGAGUCUUUUAAGGAAUGGAGUGCGUAUGGAGUUGGGGUUCCUCUUUUGUUGAAUGGGAGUGAAUGUGUAAUGCAAUACUAUGUUCCAUACUUGUCUGGCAUUCAGCUGUAUAUAGAUCCAUCGAGACCCUCUCCAAGGCAAAGGAGGCCUGGUGAGGAGAGUGAUACUGAGUCUUCCAGGGAGACAAGUAGCGAUGGUAGCAACAGUGAUUGUGGAAUAGGAAGAAGAGAGAGGGCUUGGAGUCAGCUGGAGAUUGCAGAUGCGAAUAUUCAGAGAUUGACUAGACUGUCACUUAGAAAUAGACCCUCUGAGGGUUCAUCAAGUGAUGAAAGUGGUCAGCUUAUUUUUGAAUAUUUAGAGCAUGAUCAACCAUUUAGUCGUGAGCCAUUGGCUGACAAGAUAUCAGUUCUGGCAUCUCGAUUUCCAGCAUUAAGGACAUACAGGAGCUGUGAUCUAUCACAGUCAAGUUGGAUUUCUGUGGCAUGGUAUCCUAUAUAUAGGAUACCAAUGGGUCCAACUCUGCAAAAUCUGGAUGCCUGUUUUUUAACAUAUCACUCUCUGUCUAUGCCCUCACCAGGUACUGGCACGGAUGUGCGGCCCUUCCGAGGCUUUAAUGUUAGGGAGUUUCAUGGUACUGACAUGUCCUUAAAGCUACCAUUGCCUACCUUUGGACUUGCUUUCUAUAAGUUCAAAGUUUCCGUUUGGGACCCUGACGAAGUUAAUGAAUCUCAGAAAGCUAAUUCCCUUUUGCAAGAUGCUGAUGACUGGCUUAGGGGUUUGCAAGUGAAUCAUCCGGAUUUCAGGUUCUUUGUUUCCCACAAUAAAUACUGGAGGUGAUCUAAGUUCCAAAUGCAUAACAGAACUGACCACUUAACUUGGAAGAGAAUCCCAGUAUCUCAUCUAAUUGACUUCCAAACUGCCCCAACAAUCAGUAUUUGCUCAUACAUAUACUUGAAAUUGCAUGCCCUAUUUGUAGUUCUUCCUCAUGGAUGUGAGUAAGAUGCUUUAUUUUGUGUGAAUUAUGGUGGAUACAGAACACUGACAGGCAUGAUAUUCCAUUUCAUCCGUUGAGCUUCCCAUGAAACUCCUUGUUCUUUUAUCAGUGUCAUGGCCUUGAAAGAGACCGAGGUCAAUCGCUACAGCCUUCUGGCCAAAAAAAAAAAAGGGUUACAUCCUCGUAAUAAGUUGUUUGAUGAUGAAAAUCUCUGAUAUUUGUGUAAACUUGUGUCCUUUUGAGCUUAGUAUGUAUAACAUACUACUUAUACCAACACUUCCAUGGAGCUUGAUCUUGGAUCCGAAGUCAAAUCAUCGUUUUUCAGUGGAAGUGAAAUAAGAUGUUACCUCUUUAGCUCUUC